AGCCAAUAGAGGAGGCUGUCGCGGUUGGCAAGGUAAACCGCUAGCGGCAAGAUGGCAGCCGCCAGCCCAGGGAGCCGGAGCUCCCGCCCGCAGCGUCGGGACCCGCAGGGGCGGCCGCCACAGGACGGUUACGGCGUCUACGUGUACCCCAACUCCUUCUUCCGGUACGAAGGGGAGUGGAAAGGAGGGAAGAGCCACGGCCGCGGGAAGCUGCUGUUUAAGGACGGCAGUUACUACGAGGGCGAGUUCGCGGACGGGGAGAUCAUGGGCCGAGGCCGCCGCCACUGGGCCCACACAGGAAACACCUACUCUGGCCAGUUCGUCUUCGGAGAGCCCCAGGGCCAGGGCGUCAUGGAGUACAGAGCGGGGGGCCGCUACGAGGGGGCGCUGUCCCGCGGCGUGAGGGAAGGACACGGGUGUCUCGUGGACGCGGACGGGUGCGUGUACUGCGGGGACUUCCACAACAACAAGCGCCACGGCCACGGGCACAUGGCCUUCCCGAACGGGGACGAGUACGAGGGCGACUGGGUCCGGGACCAGCGGCAGGGCCACGGGGAGCUGCGCUGCGCGGACGGCUCCGUCUACGAGGGGCAGUGGUACAGCGACGUCCUCAGUGGCCUGGGCAGCGUGGCCCACUGCUCCGGGGUCGUCUACCGGGGCCCGUGGAUCAGCGGCCAGCCUGUGGGCCGCGCUGUGAGGACGGUGAUCCUGGGCCCCGCGGUGCUGGAGGUGGCCCCGGGCGCCUCCUUCUCGGUGCGCGUGCAGCUGCUGCAGGACGACUGGACGGUCGCCGCCGGCGAGGACGGCCGGGUCCUGAGGGUUUCCGCGGGCGUCCGGUACGUGCAGCUGCCGGCCUACUCCGAGGUCAGCUUCUUCAGCGUGGACGCCGGCCGACGGGAGACACCCAUCCAGACCCCGUUUGGGUUCCAGUGCAUCCCCUACCCGCUGUCUGACCGCCCGUCGGGCCCCGAACGUGCCCGGGCCAGCGCGUCACCCCCCACGGGAGACCCUGAGGCGGCGCGGACCCCGGACGCCCCCUGUGGCCAGGGAGACGCCCCCGGUGGCCUGCCCGGCGGCUCCGAGCCGGGGGCUCUGCCCGCAGGCCCGGCUCCGGGCGCCCUGGCCGGGCAGCACCCGAAGUGCACCAGGAGCCGCUCAGGGCCCGCCGGGGGGCGCUGUCUGGAAGGCUGCCGGCGAGCGUGGCAGGGCUGGGCCCAGUUCGAGGAUGUCCGGCUCGGGGCGCCCCCGCCCGGCUACCACCCCGUCCCCUUCCUGGGCGGCCCGCAGGAGGAGGCCAGCAGCCGGCCCAGAGGCGGCCCGGGCCCCGGGACAGGGGCGCCCACCACGCAGGGCCCUCCGGGAGGCGGCAGGCCGGACGGGGCGGCCAAGGCAGAGCCGGGGACCGAGGCGCUCCCAGGGGAAUACGUCAUCAUGGUCCAGGACGUGACCGACCCCCCAUUCCUGGGCCACAGGCUGCCCACGGCCUUCAAGCACCUCCGGGUGUCCGCGAGGGAGAAGGCCCCGGAGCCCGGAGCCGGGAGGGCCGCCCUCCCCCGGGCACCAGCGCCCACUCCGGACACCACCUCCUCCUGAGGGCAGACACGGCACCCAGCUUCCCGGGCGCCACCCUCUCCCCUCCCCGGGGCCCA